AUGAAGGCCACUUUCUUAGCCUUUGCAGCGGUUGCUGCUGCGCAACAGGCCCUUGUUGGGUCGGAUGCAGUGAUUGAGGGCCACGAAGCGAAGAACGCGGGAGUCACCGAGUGGCUGGGGAUCCCCUACGCCCAGCCCCCGUUGGCCAAUUGCGAUUCGCGCCGCCCCGGCUCAACACCCCCAACGGUGUUCAGAUCGCCUCGGAAUAUGUACGACAUCACAUACCCCUGCAACAACUGCAUGUACUCGGUGUCGAAGUUGGUCGACUAUCCCGACAAGACUGCACAGUUUGACAGCAUCUUUGAGGCUUUCGGUGCUAUUAACAAUGACACUCAGAGUGAAGAUUGUUUGACUCUGAAUGUGUGGUCCAAAAAAUCAACUCAGCUCAAGCCCGUCUAUGUUCAUUUCCACGGUGGUAGAUGGACAAACGGUGCCACCAACACCCCCUUCUACUAUGGAGGCGAUUUCGCUGACGCAGAGGAUGUAAUCGUUGUGACGGCCAACUACCGUAUGAACAUCUUUGGAUUCCCUGGCCUCCCUAAUAACCCUCCUAACCUUGGUCUCAUGGACCAACGUCUGGCCGUUGAGUGGGUCAAGGCAAACAUUAAGGGCUUCGGAGGUGACCCGGACCGCAUUGUGAUCUCUGGCCAGUCCUGCGGCAGUGCUUCUGUUGAUUACUGGGCCUUCGCCCACGAGACCGAUCCCCUCGUCGCCGGCAUCAUCUCGCACUCCGGCACAGCCCUCAGCUUCCCCACUAAUAACCAGACAACCGCAUCAGAGCACUGGUACACUGUCUCGGAGAAGUUGGGCUGCGGGUCUUCAGGAGAUGUCCUGCCCUGCAUGAGAGAGCAGACUGCCACUGACGUUCUCACCGCUGCUAGUUCCGUGAAGGUUCCUGUCACCAACCCCGCAAGAAAGGCUCCCGCUUUCCAGCCCACUGUCGACGGCAGCACCGUCUUUGAGGACUACACUCUUCUUUCGGAGCAGGGAAGAUUCGCCCGUAUUCCCUACUUGGUCGGACACGGCGCCAAUGAAGCAGGAUUCUACAAGGUUUCCAGCUACGCCCAGGGAUCGAUCUUGACAGACGAGGCAUGGGAUAACUUCAACAUGCAAACCUUCUUCUGCCCAUCCAACCUUGAAGCCGAACACCGAGCUGACCGUGGCACCCCUGUUUGGCGAUUCCAAUACAACGCCGACUGGGAUAACACCCGUCUCUACCCCACUAGUGGAGCCUACCACGGCGUCGAGUUCAACAUGAUCUUCGGAGAAUCUGCCGAGAUCACCGGCAUUCCCGAGUCUGAUGUCCAACUCCAGUUGCAGGCUAAGAUGCGUUCGGCUUGGGCCGCAUUCAUUGCUAAUCCCCAGAGCGGACUGACCACUCUGGGAUGGCCAACCUAUGAUUCCGAGGGCUCGACUCUCGCCGAGAUUGGUCUGAACAAUGUCGCCGGUAUGUCUUACGUUAGCACCAAGGACACUGCCGAGCGCUGUGCCGCUCUGAUGGCUGAAAUUUGA